AUGGGCUUCUGGCUGCAUAGACCAUUCGCGAUUAUAUACGCAAUUAAUUUUGACAACAAGAGCGCAAGGAAAUUGCGUAAUAAUUGUGUGAUACAACGAAAAAUGUCAAAAUUAUAUAAAACUCUAAUUGCUAUUUUUAUAUGUCUAUCUAGUUCAUCUUUUCGUUCGAUUUCAUCACUCUAUUGCUAUCAAGGAACGUCAGAUUUAGCCAAAAGGCCAAAAAAUUCGCUCAUUUGUCCGCAACGUAUUAAUCCUUUAGCAACUUCUUGCAUUAAGAUUAUUACAGAUCAUGCUCUUGUUAUUCGAUACUGCGAUGAACUUGGCUUUUGUACCGAUCGUCGAAGAGAAAAACAAUGUUCAACUGAUGUCUCGUAUGCAAAACUUCAUGGAAUUGUUUGUUGUUGUGAUAAUGAUUUUUGUAAUUUUUCGAGCAGAUCGAAGGGAGCCUUCUUUUAUGUGGUUUCUUUAAUCAUUCUUUACAUAUUUUUAUGA